AGUCUGAAAGUACAGCGGAAGUUGUAGUCAUAGUGCGCCGCUGCGUUAAAGUUGUCAGUCUUUUUGGCAGCUUGUUUCGCAACCCUAAUGCAUGGACAGCUAUGAAGACGAUGAAGUUGAUCAUCCUCGAUGACUAUAACCAGGCAAGCGAGUGGGCUGCCAAGUACAUUAGAAAUAAGAUUUUAUUGUUCGGACCCGGCCCGGACAGAUAUUUCACCCUGGGGCUGCCCACAGGAGGCACACCCCUGGGCUGCUACCAGAAACUCAUCGAGUAUUACAAGAAUGGAGAGAUCUCAUUCAAGUAUGUCAAAACCUUCAACAUGGAUGAAUAUGCAGGACUUCCCAGAGAUCACCCACAGAGCUACCACUCCUACAUGUGGAAUAACUUCUUCAAGCACAUCGACAUAAAACCAGAGAAUACCCACAUCCUCGAUGGCAACGCUGCCGACCUGCAAGCAGAGUGCGACGCUUUUGAGGAAAAGAUCACAGCUGCUGGGGGGAUCGAGCUCUUUGUCGGAGGUAUUGGACCAGAUGGCCACAUUGCCUUCAAUGAGCCUGGUUCAAGCCUGGUUUCCAGGACUAGGUUGAAGACCCUGGCAAACGACACCCUCAUAGCUAACUCCCGAUUCUUUGAGGAAGAUGCCUCAGAGGUGCCAACCGUAGCACUGACUGUGGGAGUGGGCACUGUCAUGGACGCAAGAGAGGUCAUGAUUCUCAUCACCGGAGUACACAAGGCAUUUGCUUUGUACAAAGCCAUAGAGGAGGGCGUGAAUCACAUGUGGACAGUGUCUGCAUUCCAGCAGCACCCGCGGACUGUUUUCAUAUGUGAUGAAGACGCCACCAUGGAACUGCGGGUCAAAACUGUGAAGUACUUCAAAGGCAUGAUGCCUUUUCACAACAAGCUGGUGGAGACACUUCCCGCAGAACUACGGAAGAAGUGAGAAGAUCUUUUUCAAAUUUUGUGGAUUCACAAGGCAUUUUUCACAACUUCUUAAUCUUCUCGUGGAAAUACACUGGUGGACAUCAAGCAUUGCUUGCUGUUAACCUCAGUUAAUUCUUAUAGUAAUCAUCGGGUGCUGAUAUUGCAAACACUGUUUUUCAGAUGAUUGUUAAUACAGUUUUGCUUCUCAUUUGUUUUAUUUGAAUAAAGUGUGUUUCAUUCUCA